AUGUUUGAAGAAAGCAACAGCAAAAUAGAAAGAAGAGGGAGCAAAGAAAAGGCGAUUGCAAGCUCCCACGGGGAAGACUUUUCGCUGCGAAGCCCUCAGACGCAAACAAUGGAAAAAGAGUGUACAGAUAUUAUAGAAGACGCGUUCAACCCAAUCAAAUGCACCACAUGGCAAUCAAAGAAGAACUUGCUGGACCGGAUAGAGGAAGACCACCCAACGCACAAAAGCAUAGAGUACAACAUUGUGGAGAAGAUGACGAACUUGCCUCCUAUUGGAAAGGGGCUUUUGGGGAAAAACACCGCGCGCUCUAUUCUGCUGAACAGCAUAAAAAUGGACGCGAUUCCCUCUGUGCCCGUUGAAGCCCACCGGGAUCAGUUCUUUGAGGACAUAAGCACCUUUGCCAAAAAAAGAAGCAUAGCAGCAAACGGAAACGUCGUGUGCGCAAUAUCGAAGGACCAAGAGGGCAGCCGGUUUAUACAGAAAAAGCUUGACACCGCCUCGGAGGACGAAAUAAACAUGACGUUUCUGGAGAUACUCCCGUGGAUCAGCGAGCUAAUUGUGGAUCUGUUCGGAAAUUACGUUGUACAGAAGUUCCUGGAGAUAGGAAGCACCGAACAGAGAGAGCGGAUAUUCGGGGCCAUGGAGGACAUGAUUAUUCCCCUGGCCUUGCACAUGUACGGCUGCCGGGUGAUACAGAAGGCGCUGGAGUGCAAGGACAUAAACGAAAUGAUUGUACAAAAGAUAAAGGGGCACGUGAUUGACCUGGUGUGUGACCAAAAUGGGAACCACGUUGUGCAAAAGUGCGUAGAGUGCGUUGACACAGACUUUGUCAUAAAAGAGUUUGAGGAGGAUGCUGUUUCCCUGAGCAAGCACCGGUACGGGUGCAGGGUGAUACAGAGGAUAUUCGAAAACAGUACGAGGUGCACCAGCGCAAUAGAAAAGAUCAUAUCCAAUGCAAAGGCUCUGGUGGAAGACCAGUAUGGGAACUACGUGAUACAGCACAUCCUGGAAAAGGGCACACAGGACCACAAGGUAAAAAUAAUCACAGAGCUCUCGGGCAACAUAGCAGAGUACAGCAUCCACAAGUUUGCGUCAAAUGUAAUGGAAAAGUGCGUGAUUUGCGGAACGCCGGAUGACAGAAGGCACAUGCUGAAGCAGCUGAGAUCCGCUGUUGGCGCCUCUGGGGAAGACAUGCUUGUGCAGAUAUCGAUGGACAAGUUUGGAAACUACGUUAUCCAGAGGCUGCUGGACGUUUUGACGGGCCCGGAGAAGGAGCUUUUGGUUGGGCACUUGAAGGCAAACAUAGGAGACCUGAAAAAGAGCUCAUACACAAAAUGCAUAGUGUCCAAAAUAGCUGCUUUGGAUAUCAAAAAAGACUGA